UCAAAAAUUAUUUCUUAGCAAACUUUACUUUUUAUCAUAGUAGAUAGAAAUGGUGUAAGUUGUGCGCGCGCACAUAUUAUAUAAUCAUUAUACUUAAUAUAAUAUAAAAUUGCAUAUAGAGGCGCGCCUAUUUUAGUCUUCAGAAGAGUUUCCAUAGUGAUAGCAGCAAACAAAGCGAGAAUCGAACGAGCCGAACGACAAUAGGAUAAGAAUUUCUGAUCGGUUAUUAUCGGUCUUAAACAAUUAAUUGAGCAAUCUGGAAUCUGUGCAACGUAUAAUCAUGAAAAUUAAUAUGUGUAUGUUUUUGAAAAAUGAAAAAAAUGCAAUUGAUAUUUUUUCGAUAAAAUAAUAAAUAGAUUAUCUGUGUGAUUCAAUUUGGCGAGUUAUUAUUAUCACUAUAAAGGUGACAUAUAUAACGAUACCAGUGGUGAAACAAGAAAAUAAAUAAACAUGGAUAAUGUUACGUAUGAUAAGAUGGAGAAUGAAACUGCAUCUUUGGCUGCCAACGCGCUUAAAAUGCCAUCAUGGUUAAUGGAGAUGACCGACAAUGUAGAGAAGAUUAAUACAAGUAACGAUGCCAAAUCAUUAAAAAUGGAAACAUUUGUUUUAAUCGAUGAUCAGCAUCAUUUAAAAAAUAUCAUCAUCAAGAAGAAAGAUGAAGAUAUAAAUAAUCAACCUAAUAAUUAUCAAUCAAACUUGAAUCAUCUUUAUAUCGAUGCUAAUAUUACAUUACAAACACCAUGCACGAGCAAAUCACUGCCGAAUACACCAAAGAGCGAACAAGUACAAGUUAAACGAAGAACACGCGCUUGUUCUGCCGUUGUGAAUGCAAAGCAUCGUACGAAGAAUGAUUUUCAUGGUUUGGACGCAUACUUGGAAAGAAAACAGAUGGAAAAGCAUGGGAUGUAUUUGACAUUCAGAAAUUAUAACGACGAUAAAAUUGGCGAUGAGGAUCAAUCUUACUUUGAACAUCGAAUAUCAAGUGUCCCGAAUCGUGCAGAUACACGAUUACAUUUGUCAGAUGACAAUUAUCUUAACGAUUCCACAUUUAGUACACAGAAUGAAGGAAGUCCGAAAUUAUUAUCUGAUAAACUAUACAGAAAUUUUAUUAUUCCUGAAUUACCAUCUGGAGACUCAUUGGUCAUUGAUAUUAUUUCUACCUGGGGCGACAAACAUUACGUAGGUCUCAAUGGUAUUGAAAUUUUUUCAAAUACCGGAGAACCAGCAAGAAUAAAAGAGAUACGUGCACAUACAACAAGCGUUAAUCACUCACCGAACAAUCAUAAUCCUUAUACAAUAAAUAAUUUAAUUAAUGGUAUCAAUCGAACAAGAGAUGAUGCAAAUUUAUGGCUAACACCUUAUUCAAAUGGUGACCAUCAUUAUGUUUAUAUGAUAUUUGAAUUCACGAUUACUAUAGCGAUGAUCAGAAUAUGGAAUUAUAAUAAAUCUAGAAUACAUUCCUUUCGAGGAGCCAAAGAUGUUAUUAUUAAAUUGAACGAUAUUAUCAUUUUUUACGGAGAAAUCGCUAAAGCUUCAGGGGAUGAUAUGGGUAGCCUUGAUUCUUUUGGAGAUACUAUAUUAUUUACGACGGACGAAAAUAUUCUGGAAUUGAUAUCAAAACAUGAUAAUACAUUCAUAGAAUUCAAUAAUGGGACAUCAGAUUGUGAAGAGAAAGAAAUAAUUCGUCCAAUAACAGCAACAAUGACCAAUGAUCAAAUUGCUUCGGCGAGACGUAAUAAUAGUGACGAUUCUAUUGAAAAUUCUCCCAACGCGGGAUGUUAUACCAAUAACAAAAUUCGCAAUACCGUUCUUACCCCUCUCUCUUGCCGAGAGAUUCAAUUAAUUAUCCUUUCUAAUUGGGGAUUACAGAAUUUGGUUGGCCUUACCGGUAUAGAAUUAAUCGGGAAUCAAGAUGUAGCAGUCCCGUUAGUAAAUGCCAAUUUACAUUGUAACGCGGCUGAUACACAUUUAAUGAGACUAAUUGACGGGCACAAUGUUACAACCGAAAUGGAUUAUAUGUGGCUAGCGGAUUUAAUGUUAAAUAAGAGGAUUACGAUAACCGUUACUUUCGAUACGGAUGUGUACCUGACUGGAAUUCGAAUUUGGAAUUACAAUGCAUCUUUGGAGUUGUCUUAUUGCGGAGUGAAACAGUUACUAAUUAAAUUAGACGGUAGACAGUUGCAUGAUGAGAAUUAUUCUGAUGGCUUCCUAUUGAGACGCGCGCCGGGAUCUUGUCAUUAUAAUUUUGUCCAAAAAAUUAGUUUUCUUAAUCCACCUAAUCAAGAACAAUCUUCGAAUCAAAUCAUCGAUCCAAUUACAAAAUCACUCGAAGGUAUAUGUCAUUCAGAGACGGCGUAUAAAGCAGAACUCGAGUCUUUCGAUUCCAAUUACGAAGCUCCGUCGAUGCCACGCGGAUUCGUUUAUCAAAUAAUAAUUUUCUCUACAUGGGGAGACUCUUACUACGUGGGCCUCAAUGGAAUACAACUAUAUGAUAAUUAUGGAAAAGAAAUCAAAUUAACUGCAGAUAAUGUAGCCGCAUUUCCCGAAAGCGUCAACAUAAUAGAAGGAAUAGACAACGACAUUCGUACACCAGACAAACUUAUUGAUGGGAUAAAUGAUAUUCGAGAUGGACGACAUGCUUGGCUGGCUCCUAUACUUCCUGGACAAACAAAUCGCGUGUAUUUAAUAUUUUAUCAUCCCAUUAUGGUAUCAAUGAUCAAAAUCUGGAAUUAUGGAAAAACCUCACAAAGGAGAGUUAAAGAAUUUGCAAUAUUAGUAGAUGACUUACUAGUUUACAAUGGGACAUUGGAUAAAUAUAACUCAUACGGAUUGGUAACGUUUGUAAAGGAAAACAGCAAUGAGAAUCUAGUAAACCGUUCAGAGCAAGAGGGUCAUCUUUUAAACUUACGAAGAAAUACCUCGGGCACCAAUUCAUUACCGGAUCCAUCCCUUCGUCCGCAUACAUCUUUACAAUUUAAAUAAUCGUAAUGCUGUAGAUAUUUAUCAAUACAUAUUAAAAUGUAUUUUUAUACUUACAGACUACUAAGAUAAGACUUUCAUCUUUAUAUUAGUGUUCCGUUUAAAUAAUUAAUGGCAUUAAUAGCGCACACGCACGCACGCGCGCGCGCGCGCAC